GCGAUAGACUAAUUUGUACGAAAGUCAUUUGUAAUAAACACACGUUAACGCAUACAUAGUGAUAAUAUAUAAUGUUAAUAAAAUAAAAUAAACAUUCAAAAUGACAGAUGAAGUUCCAGUACAUCCAGGAUAUUGCUUUUGCUUGCCAGCGAGAUAUAGACAGCGAAUAUCGGAAUAUUUAAACUCGAAAAACAGUUGGCUCCUCAAAGCAUACUACAUCGGUGACUUGCUGCUGGUGGCUGCUGUGAUAGCGGCGGCUGCGCUGUACUUCGCAACUGACACGAUGAACAUCUGGGGAUGCGGGUUGUACCUGUUUACGACCAGAACCCACCUCGUCAGCUCUUACGUUGCUAUGGCAUAUAUCGGUCUACAGGUAGUUAUCCUGGCGGUCAUUCGCUGGGAGUUCCUGAAGAUGGACAGUUAUCAGCAGAUGAAACUACAACGCACUACAACGGAACCCGAGUGCAGCAGCCAUGAGAGACAAGACACGCAGACAAACAAGGAAGUCGUGGAGAUGAACCCCGAUGUAGAUAAUAAGUCCAAUGAAGAUAAUACAGAAGAUGAGAAUGAGACGAUAGUUUGAUCCAAGUAGUUCAGGCCAUCAGAGGUAAACCUACAAUAGUCAAGUCAAAAAAACUAUAAUUAGAUUGAAAUUCCUACUGGUAUGAUAGUACGUAGAACCCUUGCCCAGGGAUACGGGUGAAGACCUAAAAAAAUAAUAAUCUGAGACUCACAUGCAACUUAGUAAGUAGCUAUGAAGUGUUAAACUCCUAACAUUAACGUUUAGUUUCAGUGGUUUGAGCGUUGGGUUCACGAUCCGGAGGACCAAAUCCCGCUGGGGACCUGAUUGUCGAAAGUAAGAUGAUCCGUGCUUCGAAAGGCACGUUAAGCCGUUGGUCCCGGUUACUACUUACUGAUGUAAGUAUUCGUUACAUGAGCCAUGUUAGGAGCCUUUGGCGGCUCAAUAGUAACCCUGACAGCAGGGUUGAUGUGGUUGGUAACCCCACCACCUCACAACCCACACGAUAGAAGAAAAGAAUGUUUACUUUAUUGAAGUGUGUUAAUGAAGAGCCAAGCCUCCUGACAGACUUUCUUAUUCUACAAGGUGGCUCGGGUCAAAUAGAUUUAAUGCAACGUGUACUAAACUGAAAUAAAUAUUUUUUAUUUA